CCCACAUCAAUCUUGCUGUUCGUUCGUUACUCAGUGUCCAUGUCCCAAACAGCCGCACAGUGCAGGGUGGAUCUGCACGGAUUCCUCAAGGAUGAGGAACAUAUGAGAAGUCAGCUGAAGAACCUGGAGAAUAAGAUGAUUACCGAAACGAAUAUCAGGCGCUCGGCUUUGCGCUCGGGCGGCUCCCACGCCCAGAAAUCUGACACCAAGGACGCGUAUGAUGCCCAAUACAAGUUUGAAAUGUAUGGCUACGAAAUCAUCAAGGUCAUCGGAAACUACUGCAAACGGAUCGAUGAUCUCAAGCCACUGCUCUGCUCGUUGCAGAGAGAGUCGGGUCACUCUACGCUCGAGAGAUCCGCACGUCCGCCAGAGGAGCCACCCCGAACCUUCCGGCAACACAACCCGCACCGCCACGAGCGCGCAAAAAUCCCGAGCUUUACCUACCAGAGUCCGCCAGACUCUGAAGAAGAAAACAUUCACCAGCACUCCGACGCUACGAAUGCACAGAAGGCCGAGCGCUUCAAGAACUUGCUCGAAGAGUCACUUGACUACAUUACCGCGCUUGAGCACAUCGUUUUCCCGAGCGGCGAACCCGUUCCAAAGGACACACAGGGCAAGCUCGAUAUGCUGCGCAAUCGCAAGGACAAAGAAAAGGCUCGCAGAACAGAGCUCGAGGCUCGAGUCAGUCAGCUCUCCAACCAAAUCGUCCAGCUCAAAACGGGGACAAUUUCCAAAAGCAAAUUCGGGGCUGUCCUUCCUCCCGCCGAGUUUGAGCCGCAGCUGAAAGCGAUGCGUGAGAAGGAGAUGCGGCUGCAGAAGGAAUUGACUGCCAGCCUUGAGCGGCUAGAGUUGCUGCAAAGCGAGAAGACCAUCCUUGUCGAGCAGCAAUGCAAGAGCGCCAUGCUGCUUCAGAGCAUGGAGAAGGAUUCUGUAGGGCUGAAGGGUGAGAUCCGGGCCUUGGAGAAAGAAAAGGCCAAGAUGGCCGACUCUCUCACGCUUGCCAAGCAGAACGAGCAGAACAUCAAGCGGCUGUACACGACACUGACUCACCAAAUUGCGAUCCUUGAGGGCAGAAUGAAAGGCGACGGUGUGUCGGACGAGUUCAUCAACUCCGCUGGCAUCAUCGCUGAGUGGAAAACCAAAUGCGAGGGGCUAAAAGAAAAGGUUGCGGUCCUUGAGAUUGAAAACAAACGCCUUGAGGUGUCUGCCAGCGAAAGCGAGGCGAUCAAGGCCUACAAGCUUCUGGAAGAGAAGACCAAGGAGUUUGACGAAAAGCUCACCAUCAUCGACUCCGCCAUGGUGUCUUCUCAUGGUGAACUUGCACUUGCUCGAAAAGAAAAGACUGAAGCCAUCGCGGAACUCAACAAGGCCAAAACAGAGCGAGACGAAAUGGCCGCGGCAGUCGAGAAGCAUCUAGAAGAGAUCGGUGCGAUCAGGGCCCAAUGUCUAUUGAUCGAGAAGACUCUGACCCAGAAGGAGGCAGAGUUGACCGCAGCUAGCGAAGAACUCCAGCGCUCGAAUAAGAGCAAAUCAGACUCGGAACUCGAGAUCGAGCGAAUAACUCUUGAACUGGAAACCAAGACCAAGAACAUCGCCGAUAUUGAGGAGCAGCUUGCGAUAGUCCGGGCUGAGAAGGCGGCAGUCGAGACGAGUCUUGCCCAAGUUCAGUCGCAGCUGGAAACCGCCGAACAAGAAAGGACCUUGGCCAACGACCUCGUUGCCGCCCAUGCAUGCAACCUGGAGCUGGCAAACAAGUCCGUCGAGAUCAUGACGAUCAAACUCGCCGACGCCAAAGUCGCUCACGAGGCCAUGCACAGCGAGCUACAGAGUAUCCGCGAGUUGCGGGACCAGAUGACUCAAGUAGAAGAGGACCACAGAUCGUACAUCAAGAGACUCGGAGACCAGAUUUCAUCCCUCACAACCGAAAACGUGUCGCUGGCAAAGGCCCUGGAGGAAGAGCGUCAGUCCAUCUCGACAUUGACCGACGAGCUCCAGGCCGCCCUCAAGGACAUUCGUGAGAGCCAAUCAAUCUGCUCGCAGAUCCAAAGCGACCUCGAUCUCCAGACAGAGCUGCGCGAGUCUUGUGCACAACGAAUCGAGGCUCUCUCUUCCGAAAACGGGCAAGUGAAGGCCGAGCUCGCUGACACCAUCCACAAGCAUCAGCAAGCGCUUUCAGCACUCGAAGACGACAAGAUGGCCCUGGAAGCCGAGCUCGCCAAACUCACCCACGACAUUGAGCGCAUCGCAGAGGAGCAUCAAAUGCUGCAAAUUCGAAGUGCUCAGGAUGACAGUUAUUGCUCGGGGCUCAAAGCCCUGCUCAGGGAUAGAGAGUGCGAGGUCGAACGGCUGGUUACUGUCGAGAUCGAGUUCCACCAGUUGAAAAUCGCCCACGACGAGCUCGCCCAACUGCAUCAGUGCUGCGUCCGCCCCGAAGUCGUAGAGGAGCAACUUCGCCAGCAGAUGUUGCAAGCCAAUGCCGCUAGCAUUGCUGCGCUGAAGCAGGAGCAUCAAGCUGAUCUUGACGCACUGCAAGAUGCGCACCAAAAGCACAACGACGGUAUCAGCAUUGAGCAUCAAAAUGAGAUAUCAGCUCUGCAGAACCAGCACAGCAGCGAGCUACAGCAAAUCACGCAGAUGCAAAGACAAGCGCAAGAGGCGCUUGAAACUCUUGAGCAAGUGACUCUCAAGCUGAAAGCCGAGAUCGAGGAAGAGAAACAAGUCAAGAGCCAGCUUCAGCAACAUAUCGCGCAGCUGGAAUCGAACAUUGCUGAGAAAGCUCAGGUCGAGGAAGACAUGCGAUCCGAUUUGGAGUUGAAAGAGCUGCUUGUACAAGAGCUGCAAGAUUUCAACAACAAAAACGCCUCCGAGUGGAGAGAAAAGGAGCUGCUUCUGGAAGAAAAGGUCAAGGUGAUAACGGAGCUGUCGAUCGUGUCCCAGGAACAGAUCGUGUCCUACGAGGCCAGGCUGCUUUUGGCUGAUGCGAACGCCGAACGGGCAGCAGAGGCGGACGAUCUGAAGCACCGCCUUGAAAUCAUGGCCAGCGAUCUGGCGGCCAUGGAGGAACGAACGCAGGAACUGCAACGCAUGAACCAAGAAAUGGUCUCCAUCAAGCUGGACCUCGAGGUCCGGAUCGACGAGUUGCAAGCGGCAAACCGCAAGCUUGAACUUGAGAUCGAAUCGGCGGCCGCUGAACGGGAGGAGCACGCUCGUGAGCUUUCCGGCCACCUGAAUCGGCUUGAAGAGACGCGGCAACAAGCCAGCCAGGCAAGCGACGAUCUCUCGAGACUUCAGGGCAAACAGUCCAGCUUGAUGACUGAUUUGCUCGCCCGAGAACAACGUAUUGCAGAGCUACAAGAUCGCAUCGACCAGCUGACGAAAGAGCUGCAAGUUGCUCACGAGAGCAUCCAUAGUCUGCAAGACGCCCCAGAAGCAGUGGAUACUCAAACCCAGACAGAUAGCGAGGCGAUUGAUCGAAGCCUGGAACUCCAGCUGCAAGUCGAGCGUGAGUCAUGCAGAGUUGCCGAGCUUAUCCACGAGCUUGAGACCAGUCAGUCCAGAAGCAAGCUCGAAAUCGAAGCUCUUGGUCAGGAGCUCUCCGAGUCGCAACGACUGUGCAUCGAGCACCAGAAACAGAUUGAGUUGGCACAAAGUAACGCCGAGGCUCGCGAGCAGACGAUGCAGUCCCUCAGCGAGGAAAAGGACCAUCUCUCCAUCCAGAUCGCUGACCUCAAGCUGGAAGUCCGCCGGUGCGAGGAGAAGGCUCAAACGUCUAUAGGCGCAUCUCAGCUCCGAAUUUCUGCCUUGGAGGCCCAACUGGAGCAGGCUGCACUGCAAUUACAGGUCACGGCCAAGACUACCGAGCUUCUGAACCAAUUGAUGGCCAGUUCGGCCUCCAGACUUGAUCGCAUGUCCAGCGAGUACGACAGCCUCAAAACCACUCACUCGUCGUGUGGCCAGGAGAUUGAUGAACUAAGAGGCAAGCUCGUCGAUCUGGAGGCCUUCAAGGCAGACUCACAGAUGCAGCAAGCCCAGUACCAAGACGAGAUCGCUCGUCUCACCGAGAGGCUCCAGAAGAUAUCGUCACAAGAUUCGGAGGCCCAAGCGCUCAAACUGGAGCUACAGAACGAAGUUAGUGCUCUCCGACAGCAGGUCGAGCAGUGGAGGGACACCGCUACCGGUUUGGAGAGGGAGCUUGGCAUAUCCAAACAGAGGAAGGCGGGAACAUGGUGGUGAGGGCGCUCCCAAUGUCCGGCGACCAAUGUACUCUCUUUGUCCCGAGUCCGAUUCGCAAAUCCGUUGAAUUGAGAGUCGUCUGUGUGUCGACUUGCGCUGUUUUUCGAGCCAUCGUUCGCAAUCACUGUUCCACAAACAUAUACUCAGAGAUGCUGGAAAUAUAGCCAUGCGUGUGGACAGCAUCGCCAACGCUGGCCACCCAGG